AUGGUCUACCACAACGCGGGCGCCAGCGUUUGGCUUUCGCUCGCUUUGAGCCCCUUUUUGGCUGCCUCGCCGGCACUUGCUCGCACUGUCGGUCCCAGAGAUCCGGUCCCGGAUGGAUUCCAUGCCGCGCCCUACUAUCCCACGCCGUACGGCGGCUGGCUCGACUCGUGGAAGGACGCGUACACCAAGGCCGAAGCGUUGGUCUCGCAGAUGACGUUGGCCGAGAAGACAAACAUCACAUCGGGCACUGGCAUUUUUAUGGGGCCAUGCGUGGGCAACACCGGGAGCAUCGACCGACUCGGCUUUCCCCAGCUCUGCUUCCAGGACUCGGCUCUCGGCGUAGCAUCCGCCGACAAUGUCACGGCCUUCCCUCCUGGCAUCACGACAGGCGCAACAUGGGACAAGUCCCUGAUGUAUGCCCGUGCCGUGGCCAUCGGUAAGGAGUUCCGCGGCAAGGGAACCAACGUCCACCUGGGACCUACCGUCGGUCCGCUCGGGCGGAAACCCCUGGGCGGGCGCAACUGGGAGGGUUUUGGCGCCGACCCUGUGCUCCAGGCCAAAGCCGCCGCGUUGCAUAUCCAGGGUGUGCAGGAGCAGGGCAUCAUUGCGACCAUUAAGCAUUACAUUGGCAACGAGCAGGAGAUGUACCGCAUGUACAACCCCUUGCAGCCGGGGUACAGCGCAAACAUUGAUGACCGCACGCUUCACGAGCUGUACUUGUGGCCCUUUGCCGAGGCCGUCCACGCGGGUGUUGGGGCUGUUAUGACGGCUUACAACGCCGUGAACGGGUCGGCCUCGUCCCAGCACAGCCAUCUCAUCAACGGCAUCCUCAAGGACGAGCUCGGCUUCCAGGGCAUGGUCAUGUCGGACUGGCUGAGCCACAUCUCGGGCGUCGAUUCCGCCCUUGCGGGCCUCGACAUGAACAUGCCGGGCGACACCAACAUCCCGCUGUUUGGCUUCAGUCUCUGGCAGUACGAGCUAACCCGGUCAGUGCUCAACGGCUCGGUGCCCGUGGACCGCCUGAACGACAUGGCCACGCGCGUGGUGGCGACCUGGUACCAGAUGAACCAGGACAAGGACCACCCGCGGCCCAACUUCUCGUCCAACACGCGCGACCGCGACGGCCUGCUGUACCCGGCCGCCCUGUUGUCGCCCGUCGGACAGGUCAACUGGUUCGUCAACGUACAGGACGACCACGCCCAGAUUGCGCGCCAGGUCGCCCAGGACGCGAUCACUCUACUCAAGAACGAGGACAACGCACUCCCGUUGUCGGGUUCCAGCAAGAUCACUGUGUUUGGCACUGACGCGCAGGUCAACUCGGACGGACCCAAUGCCUGCCUCAACCGGGCCUGCAAUAAGGGCACGCUGGGCAUGGGCUGGGGCUCGGGUGUUGCAGAUUACCCGUACUUUGACGAUCCGAUCUCGGCGAUCAAGAAGCGGGUUUCGGACGUGGAGUUUCACAACAGCGACAGCUUCCCUCUGAUCUUUGAUACCCCUGCCGAUGAUGAGAUUGCGGUUGUUUUCAUCAGCUCUGAUGCUGGCGAAAACAGCUUCACCGUCGAGGGCAACCACGGCGACCGUGACUCAGCCAAGCUCGCCGCCUGGCACAACGGCGACCAGCUGGUCCAAAGAGCCGCAGCCAAGUUCAAGACCGUGAUCGUCGUCGUCCACACCGUCGGCCCACUAAUCCUCGAGCCCUGGAUCGACCUCCCCUCCGUCAAAGCCGUCCUCUUCGCCCAUCUACCAGGCCAAGAAGCCGGCGAGUCCCUCACCAACGUGCUCUUCGGCGACGUCUCCCCCAGCGGCCACCUCCCCUACUCCAUCACCAAGUCCGCCACCGACUACCCCGACAGCAUCGCCAACCUCCGCGGCUUCGCCCUCGGCCAGGUCCAAGACACCUACUCCGAAGGCCUCUACAUCGACUACCGCUACCUCAACAAACAAUCCACCCCGCCCCGCUUCGCCUUCGGCCACGGCCUCAGCUACACCACCUUCUCCUUCACCAACGCCACCAUCACCCCGGUCACCACCCCUCUCUCCCUCAUCCCCCCAGCCCGCCAACCCAAGGGCUCCACCCCUUCCUACUCCACCGCCCUCCCCCCGGCCUCCGAAGCCUACUACCCGGACAACUUCACCCCCAUCUGGCGCUACCUCUACUCCUGGCUGCACAAACCCGAAGCCGACUCCGCCCACGCCAUCGGCGCAGCCGGCACAAAGAAAUACGACUACCCCGACGGCUACUCCACCGAGCAGAAACCGGGUCCCGCGGCAGGCGGCGCCGAAGGCGGCAACCCGGCGCUGUGGGAUGUUGCGUGGGAAGUCAGCGUGGUGGUGACUAAUACCGGGAAGGAACAUAAGGGGAAGGCGUCGGUGCAGGCGUAUGUGCAGUUUCCGGAGGGGAUUCCGUAUGAUACGCCGACGGUGCAGUUGAGGGAUUUUGAAAAGACGGGGGAGUUGGCGCCGGGGGAGAGUGAGACGGUGAAAGUGGUGUUGACGAGGAAGGAUGUGAGUGUGUGGGAUGUGGAACUGCAGAAUUGGGUUCUUCCUGGGGCUGCGACGGAGGCUGCGAAUAAGGGGUAUACGGUUUGGAUUGGGGAGGGGAGUGAUCGGUUGUUUUUGGCGUGUCGGACUGAGGGGGGGAGUUGUGAGGAGGGGUUGGAGGGGCCGGGGGCGUAG